UACGCAUGCGGGAGGAGGGGCCAGCCCGUACUUUCCGUGAACUACGGUGGCCCGGAGAGGGCAGGUGUUCCCUGGAAUGGCGGUGUGGAGGCUGUGGCCGGAGCUGGAUCCUAGGCAGGUUUCACUGAAGAAACAUCUUGGAGAUUCAUUGCACUUCUGAGAUUUAAUAUUUACAACUUGGACUUGUCAGUCUUCUUAAAGAUACAUUUUGGAAAUCAAAAUGAAAGCUUUCUAUGAAGUUUUAGAACAAUUAUAUAAGAAGGUACUUGUUGGAGCUACACUUGAAAAUGACAGCCAUCAUUACAUCUUUUAUCUCAACCCAGCAUUUUCAGAUCAAGAUUGCUCAACAACCACCUCCUUAGAAUGGAUGGACACGUUUGGGAUCCAGGACAAGCAUGAGCUAUCCUCUGUCAAGGUGGCUCCCAUUUCUGUAGCACCUGUGCGUUUGAAGAGCACCUCUCAGAUGAAUGAUGCCAGAGAAGUAAUACUUCUUCAAUUAACAGUGAUGGAAGUGAUGAUAACCAGGAUAUUGUCUGUCAAAACUGAGUUCCAUGCAAAGGAGAAAUACAUAGAUAUAAUUAAAAAUCUUUUAGAAUCAGCUGAAGUCGAUACUAAAUUAAUCUCUAUGUUCCAAAAUUUGGAUAAAUUGUUAUCUCACAUGGCUGCAAAGUGCCUUGCAUUGCUUCUGUAUUUCCAAUUGAAAGAAAAGAUAACAUUAAGUAAUUCCUGGAUUACUUUUUGCCAAAAAAAUCUUUCUGAAUACUCCAAGAGUGAUAAAGUAAUAUACUGCCUCUGGACUCAUACAGCUGUAAUAAAAGAAAUCUUCAAAGAUACAUGUUCACAAAAAGCAGAAAUUCUAAAGCAGUUCCUGAUUCCUUUUGAAACUAUUUUUGAAGUAUUUUACAAUUCCUUAUUUUCUCAGCAUUUUGAAAACUGCCAGGAUACUUCUAAAAUAAUAAACAGUUUGAUGUGUUUUCUGGAAUUGCUUGAGCUUCUCGUGGCCUCCAGAAUCUACCUGAAGCUAUAUUUCACUUGCCAGAGGAUUUUAUUUUUGAAACCAUCUUGUGUGCUACAAGUUAUUACCUGGCCUGUUCAGGCUUUUGUCAAAAGGAAGGUCAUCAUAUUUAUCAAAAAGUGCCUUCUCCAUAAAGUGGGUGAAGACCUCUUUCGUGGAUCUAUGCCUGCCUUAAUGCCGUCAGACUGUCAUUUAGAGAUGGACAUGUUGACUUUAGCUAAUGCGGUUUUGCAAGCUGUGAAUUUGGGGUUGUUGAAGACAUUGUCUGUUCAUGGAAAACCUUCCUUCUUUGGAGGUGAUGAAAUUCAGCCUGGAUGUGAACAUGUCUCUGGUCCAGAUCAUGUGAUCCUUAGAGCAGUGAGCUUAGUUAUAAUGAAAGCCUUAGAAAUCAAGUUUCAAAAUGGCACCUCAGCAAAUGAAAUGAAAGUUGACUUACAGAGGUUCAUGUCUGAGUUACUGACCUUCCUAAAGCCUCACCUUCAGCCCUCUCUGCAAUUACACAAUCCAUGUGAAUGGCUGUCUAGAGUCUUCAUAGAACAAGAUGAUGACAUGCUGGAGGCUGCUAAAGCAUCAGUGAACAUCUACCUAACAUUGACCAGAGAAUGUGAAGCUACUGAAAGCUUGACCCAAGAAAAAGAAAUAUGUAAGCACCACACACAUGAAAAUGGCUAUAAUCCUCAUUGUAUUUUCUUAUUCUUCUUAAAAAAUAUAGGUUUUGAUUCUACAGUUCUUCUCGACUUUUUGAUUUCAUCAGAAACCUGUUUUCUUGAAUAUUUUGUUAGAUAUUUAAAAUUACUGCAAAAAGACUGGGAUAACUUUUUUACCAUUUGCAAGUACUUUGAUGCAGCUGAAUCUAAAUAUGAUGUAAAUAUUUGUGGUUGUGACUCUUCACUUGUCCAAGACAGAAGUACCAACCAAACGAUACCUCAUCGCUUGACUGUUCUUGAUCGUCAUGUAAAUGCUUGUGCUUGGGUCUCCUGGGCUUCGGAUGCUUCUUCUGAACCACGGAACCAGGUUGUGAUGUCCAAGGAGGCCCACAUCAUGCAGGUUCAUAGUCUGUCUUCUCCCCAGGCUUCCCAAAGUCUGGUAGAUUAUGACAGCUCUGAUGAUUCUGAAGUGGACUCCACAAACCAGUGUUCAGUGAACAGUAAACAGACAUCUUUACACCAAGAAGCUAUUAAGAGAAUUCAGGAUACAGCUGAGACAAGUAGGGAUAUAAAAGAACUUAGCCUAGAUCCUCAAUCAAGGCCUCUGGUUCCAAAAUACUUUAAUACUCCCUUCUCUGUUAAUUGUGCAGUAGCCCCAAAUAAUACUGUCUUGAAAAUGGGAAUAUCUUACAGAACAGUAAAAUGCUUCAAAGAGCUACAAGUUGCCAUUUACCGUUUACAGAAGAAAAAUCUUUUCCCAUAUAAUCCAACUGCACUUUUGAAAUUGUUAAAAUAUGUACAGGCAAUAUGUAAUAAAAGUAUGAGCCCUUUGUAAAACAGUGGCAUAUUAUUUCCAGGAAUUGUUUUUCCUUAGUAUAAAAUUAAGGAAAUAAAUUGCACCUCCAUGAGAUAAUAGCAUAAAAAAAAUUUCUAGGUAAAGUUCUUUUUACCUUAUUGGAAGCAGCCUAGUGACUGGAAAAGAUACAUCAAAUGACAAAUCACUUGAUAUAGUUUGUAUACCACUAAAAAUUUAUAGCAUUUCAAACUUACACAAAAUUUGGGUUGAUUAUUAUAUUAGUUUCCUAGGGGUGUUGUAACAAUUUGCCACAUACUCAGCAGCUUCAAACACCUGAAAUUUAUUCUCUCACUGUUCUGGAGGCUAGAAGUCCCAAUCUACGGUGUCAACAGGGUCAUGUUCUCAAGGAUCUGGAGAAGAAUCCAUCCCUGCCUCUUUCUAGCUUCUGGUGGCUGCCAGCAGUCAUUAGUGUUCUUUGUUGUGUGACUGUAUCAUUCCAAUCUCUGCCUCGUGGCCUUUUCCCUGUGUGCAUGUGUGUCCAAUUUCCCUCUUACAAGGCCACCAGUCAUUGGAUUAGGGCCCACCCUAGUCCACGAUGACCUCAUCUUGAUCACAUCUGCAAAGAACCUACUUCUAAGUAAGGUCACAUUCACAAGUUCUGAAUGGACUUGAAUUUGGGGAAGACACUAACCCAGUACAGUUAUUAUUUACCUCUGAGGUAUUUAAUAAGGUGCUAUGUAAAAAAUGUAAGAUCUUAGCAGGUUGUUUGAGAAGUGAUUAUACAUGGUCCACUCUGUGGACAUGAUUCAUUUUAAAAAAAUUUUAAUCACUAGGUAAUUUUCCUAUUUAAAAUUGUGAUGUGAGUAAUUCUGUCUUUUUAAGGGGAAGCACUAAAUUCAAUUU